AAAAUUUCUCAUAUUGAUUUUUGGUAAAACAAAACAAAGACGCGUCCUUGAACUUGAAGCAAAAUCGGUCUUCUUUCUCUUCCAACCUCCCUCUCUCCCCUCUCACUGUUUUUUUGUCUUCUGUUAAAAAUGAGCAUGACCCAGUUCGCCAUGGUUGAGGAGUUGGCUUCACUUGUCAAGGACAAUCUUCCAUGCAAGCAUCUUGUUCUCUCUGUGGAAGAAGCCUUGGUCAACUUCAUUGAGAGUGAUAUCAGAUUUUCGCAUGAAUCUGUCGGUGAAGGAGAUGAUCGACACUUAAUUUUGGAGAGAUGCCCUGAUACAUCAGUACCUUCCAUCCUUGUUAGUGAUAUUUUGUGGCAGUACGAUGAACCUCAAUCUCCAACAACAUCACAUCAAUUGUUAAGAAGAACAGGAGACUCACCAGGUUAUUUAUUAUCAUUGUUGAAGACAAAAUCACCUUCGGUUCAACAUUCACUUGAGGAGAGAGAAGCUGCUUAUUUGGCUGCACGUGAGAGAAUAUUUUCAGCCAACUUAGGGGAUGAAAAAGAACCCAUCAAGCAGAAACCACGAAGUGUUCCCGUGGUUGCUCGCCGUAUGAUUGCUCAUGCUCUAGGGCAAAGAAUCAACUCACGCAAUCACGAGACCACACACAAUGACUCAAGUGCUUCCAGAGAGGCUGAUGAAUCAAACAACCAGCAUAAGGAUAAAGUGGAUUCUGAUUUGAGGGUGGAAGAUGUUCAAGAAAUCCUUCAUUUGUCUGGCAAAAUGGAUAACUCAUGUUGUAAAGUAAAAAAGAAUAACCAUAUUUCGGGCACAUCAUCAAAUGCUGACAGUAAGGCCGGCAAAAAUAAAUCUGACAAAAUCCCUAGUGGUGUUGUUGCAUCUGGAAGAGUCAGAAAUGGUGUCAAUGAAGAACAUCAUAAAAAGGAACAUCUAGGAGCUGCAAAGAGGAUGUUUGCUCAGGCCUUGGGGAAACAAGCAGGGAAAGAUACUUUUCUUUCAAAAUCCACUGAGUUUAAGCAUAUUAAUGCAGAGUAGGAGAUGUCGAAAAUCCUUUCAGUGAAGCAUGUUUACAUUUUGCUGCAAACAUACACUGAACACUAGCUCUCCGGUCUUCAGUUGCAGUUAAAUGCAGUCAAGGAGCAUGUUCUGUUUGAAGCCCUGAUGGUAAAUUUUGUAAGGAGGUGUUUAUGGGAAAAACACCAAACCUGGGUUAGUGUGUCUGGAGUUGAAUUCUGCAGCUGUGCAGCGAGAACAUCGUUGUAUCCCACUCAAUCAUGUGAAAUGCUGUUCUAUUUACUUGGAGGGAAAAUACACUUGUGGCUCACAAGAUUGGCUCUUAUGUGAUAACUGAAGUCUAAAGUCAGAGCAGGCUAGCAUGUUACAUGCAAUUUGAAAGCCAAUCAUGCGAAAUCAUUAUUAACAUAUUAGUAAAUAAUAUGUAUAAACGCAAUCCUCCUAUCCUAGCGUUUUUUUUUUAAAUAAAAAAAAUUACAUGUUUAACGUGAGGGAGAUUUUUCACCUGUUUAGUUUGUUUCAUAAUUUUGGUGCAGAAAGCAACCUUAAAUGAUUUCUUUAGGAGUUGGGUCUGUUGAAAUCUCAAGGAAGAAUGUGGAGGAGAUAUUUCUUUUGAAGAAUUGAGUGUUUUUUAAAUUGCACUUUUAAUAUAAUUUAAAAGACAACCUUAAUUACAUUUUUACCUAUAUAAUGAAUUUGGAUUUGUCAACAUUCCGCAAAAACAAAA